ACCAAGAAAAUCAAGAAUUGUAACAAUGGAUUUGAACUUGAAUCUAGAGAGAAAAUCAUCAAUAAGAAAGCUAGGAAGAAGCAAAAGCACACUAUUAACCUCAGAGUUAAUUAAUAUUCCUUGUGGAGAUAUUGAUUAUUAUGAGAGAAUUUCACAGUCUAUGAGACAUGUUGAAAUUAUUGAUGAUGAUGAGGCCAUCCCAAUAAUAAGACAUAAGUGGAAGAAGAAGAAAAAUAAAGCAUGGGUAUUUCUCAUGAAGGUAUUUUCUUUCAAGAAAAUGACUAGUAGUGAUGAAAGUCAUGUUGGUGUUGGGGAAAAGUCUAUGGAAGUGGUGAAUAAGAUGAACAAGAAGGAGAUGCAAUCUUCAUCAUGGGAAAGAGAUGUGGAGAUUACACAAAAGCCAGAUGAAGUGUUGGUCAUGGAAAAGAAGAAAAUAAGGCAGCCUACUUUUCUUCCUAAUCCUUACAGACGAUGGCCUGUUCAAGGAUGGAGAUAUUGAAGAUUAAAUUUGAUUUAAAUCGGUUAUUUGUCGUUUAAAAAUUCUUGU